CUCUUGUUGACAUCCGGGCCUUCCAGGGAAGGCUCUCUCUCUCUCCUCCGAAGCGAUGUCUCACGGGCACAGCCACGGCGGGGGCAGCUGUUGCCAUGGCGACGACGACCACGAGGAGCCCGCCGAGCGGCGCGGACAGGCCUGGGGCCUUUACUUGCGCAUCGACCGCCACCGCCUUGAAUGCCUCAACGAGCGGCGGGAAGGCAGCGGGGCCCUCGUCUUCCGCGCCUGGGAGGACCGCGGGGACCGCCAGAAGUUCGUAGAAAGCGACGAUGAUGACGAAGAACUUUUAUUUAAUAUCCCGUUUACCGGCAAUGUGAAAUUAAAAGGAAUCAUUGUGAUGGGAGAGGAUAGUGACACACAUCCCUCAGAAAUGAGGCUGUUUAAGAACAUUCCUCACAUGUCUUUUGAUGAUGCUGCCAGAGAACCGGAUCAGAUGUUUAGUCUGAAUCGUGAUGUCACAGGAGAACUAGAAUAUGCCACCAAAAUCGCUCGCUUCUCAAACGUUUAUCAUCUCUCCAUCCAUUUCUCCAAGAACUUUGGUGCUGAGAGAACAAAAAUAUUUUAUAUCGGCCUGAGAGGAGAAUGGACAGAACCCCAUCGGCACGAAGUGACCAUCUGCAACUACGAAGCGGCCGCAAACCCGUCUGACCACAAAAUCGAUCAGAUAACGCCGCAGACACAUUUCAUUUCCUAACUGCAAAAAUCUCAUGUGACGACCAGGAUAGCAGGGUAGCUUCGGAAGGAUGUGGAUACUUAAGGCUACAAACGCCGUAGCUUUCUUCCUUUUUCUUUUUCUUGAGAAUCAAAGCACCAAAUGCCGGGCAAUCAUGGUUUGGGCCUUAGAAGUAUCCCCAAAAGAGGCCAUGAAAAUACUGCCUCAGCGUUGCCUGUCUUAACUCUUCAGAUGUGUUUGGGGCAGGCACUUUCUGAACUGUUUAGUUGCUCCUUUUUGCUACUGAUACGAAUCUUUUAGGCAGCUUCAUAUGGGGUUGUUUGCAGAGUUCUGGCUUCCGAAUGUAAUUUGUAUCAGGGAGAAAAUAAGGAGACAUUGAUGUUCUAAGUGGGUUCUUGGCUAAUAUCCAAGUGUAUUAAUGGAACCUGCAUACGGCAUUUUGACUGUGCGCCAAAGUACUGCAUGCCUUUCCACAAGCAUCAUUUUCUAUGUUUAUCUCUGAUAAUUUAACCUUCAUAUGUAUGUCUAAAACCUGGAGACUUAUUUUUGAAAAACUGGGCUUUGUCUCUUGUAGGCAACAUUUCCUAACUAGUGUGGCUUAGCUUUUCCAAUAAAUACAGCAAAGAAAGUGGG